GGCAGGACGGGGCCCAAGGCGCGGCGCGAAUUGUGACGCAGGCGUCUGGCGUGCUCCGUGCGCAAGCGCCUUCGGCGGAGAUUAGGUGGUUUCCGGUUCCGCCGUCCUCUUUUUCUUCAUCGAGGCGGCUGAGCUGGUUGGUGGCGGCGGUCGUGCGGCAGACGCAAACAUGCAGAUCUUUGUGAAGACCCUCACGGGCAAAACCAUCACCCUUGAGGUCGAGCCCAGUGACACCAUUGAGAAUGUCAAAGCCAAAAUUCAAGACAAGGAGGGUAUCCCACCUGACCAGCAGCGUCUGAUAUUUGCCGGCAAACAGCUGGAAGAUGGCCGCACUCUCUCAGACUACAACAUCCAGAAAGAUGGAGUCUCGCUCUGUCACCCAGGCUGGAGGGCAAUGGCCGGAUCUCAGCUCACUGCAAGCUCCGCCUCUCAGAGUCCACCCUGCACCUGGUGUUGCGCCUGCGAGGUGGCAUUAUUGAGCCUUCCCUCCGCCAGCUUGCCCAGAAAUACAACUGUGACAAGAUGAUCUGCCGCAAGUGCUAUGCUCGCCUUCACCCUCGUGCUGUCAACUGCCGCAAGAAGAAGUGUGGCCACACCAACAACCUGCGCCCCAAGAAGAAGGUCAAAUAAGGCUCUUCUUUCCUUGAAGGGCAACCUCCUGCCCAGGCCCUGUGGCCUGGAGCCUCAAUAAAGUGUCCCUUUUGUUGACUGGAGCAGCAA